AUGGCUCUCGACUUUAUAGCUGGAUGCAUUGGAGGUAGCGUUGGCAUUAUAGCGGGGCAUCCGUUAGACACACUAAAAGUGCACAUUCAAUCGGGUAGGGGCAGUGCGCUGGAGUGUGCGAAAGGUCUAUUGAAAGGAGGAACGUUGUCAACGGUUUACCGGGGGGUGUGGGCGCCGUUGGGUGGGAUAGCUGCCGUGAAUGCAAUCGUUUUCGGAGCGUAUGGGAACACCAGGAGGGCUCUGCCGAACCCCGAGUCGCUGAUGACGCACGCAGCGGCGGGUGCGUCGGCGGGGCUGAUGCAAAGCUUCAUUUGCGCGCCAGUGGAGCUCGUUAAAACGCGGCAGCAGCUGACAAGCUCGGGGGACGCUAUGCCCAAAGGAGCAUGGGCGGGGGCGCGACACGUUUUGAGAGUUGGGGGCCUGAAAGCCCUCUUCAGAGGACUCGGUGUAACAAUCGCCCGCGACAGCCCAGCUUUCGCCGUCUACUUCGCAUCGUACGAGGCGAUGACACGGGGCAACCAGUCAGCCGCGAGGGUGUUUGUUGCGGGCGGGCUGGCGGGCGCUCUGUCGUGGGUCCUGCUGUACCCGAUCGACGUGGUGAAGUCGCGGCUGCAAGGCGACACGGCCGGCCGCUAUUCGGGCGCGUGGGACUGUUUCGUCAAAUCAGUGCAAAGUGACGGUUGGCGCUGCAUGGGCCGGGGCAUCGGCGCGGUGACGCUGCGCGCGUUCAUCAGCAACGGCGCCUGCUUCUCGGCGGUCGUGUGGACCGAGAGGGCGUGGCGGCACUGCACUUCGGAGGCCGCCGUCAAGACACUGGUGCAGGCCACCAUAGGUGACGCGGUACGUCACGAGCCCGACUACCUCUGUGAUAUG